GCAACAGCACGCAUCAACGGCACCGUCAUUGCGGAGGCGACGUCCUGGCGGGAGACGGAGGGCAACGUGUAUUUCCCGCCGGAGAGCGUGAACAAGGAUGUUUUGAGGGGAUCGAGCUUGAGUACUUGGUGUCCUUGGAAGGGGGAUGCUAGCUAUUAUACGCUUGAAGUUGACGGCCAAAAGUUGGAGAAUGCGGCGUGGUAUUAUAAGGAGCCGCUUGAGGGGGCGCUCGAUUUGAAGGACCAUGUUGCUUUUUGUGAG